AUGUCAGUCCUCCGACAUGGUGGUGGAGGGGGUGGUUUCCUCCAGCGGCGCCUCACGAAACUCUACACCGAUACGAAAACCUCUUGCGAAAGCGUGACAACGGCUUCGAAAGCCCUCGAUGACCCGGAACUGGUUGCCCUCCACGGUAGUUUCCAGAAACAGAGAGAUCGCCUGCUGUCAUGGGGUCUCGAUUGGAGCGACGCAAGCGCGGCGCAGCCCAAUGACAUUGAUGAGUCCCUCACAGCAGCAGGAUUCAGUGAUGUUGUCGAGAGUGUGAUGUCAUCUAUCCAAGAACUGCUCAAUGACGCCGAGCGAGUCCAACACGUCGAUGCGCCGAUGCUACCCUCGAAAGAACGCAAAGUCGACCUCCCGUCAAAGGAUACCCUAGUCAACACACCGUUGAAGACGCAAUGGACGGAGGAGGACAUCACACGCUCGAAAUCAAUCCUUAACGAACUCACCGGCUGCAUUGAUACCCUUUACGACCUGUCGCGCUCCCGCCGAACAAUGGCCUCGAGCAUGUCAUCCACCCGAAACAGCGCGCGCCGCCAACGACCCAACCUCAACUCCCCAUACGAGUCGUCUCAUGGCUCUUUCUCCGAAUCCAAGGAGAAAGUCCAAAGUCCAAAGCAGAUGUUCGACCCAUUCGCCUACUCCCCUGCAACCCCGCAUCGCGACUCCGCCAACCCUUUCCUUCCAAGGAACCGCCUCCUCAUCGACCGUUCGGCGCUACAACUGUAUGGAGCCGCUCAUGAUAAUUGUCCGCCGCCGUAUGAACCUGUUGCGGCAUCUUCGAACUCGCGCGCCAUUGGGCGCUUGAAGUCUUCUGCGUCGCCGCUCCUAGCCUCGACAAAAGAGUCGCAUGUAUCGGUAUUGGUCGAGUUCAUGCCUAUCUUGGCUGAGUCCAAGAUGGACAACAAGAGCUCACGGAUGGAAAAGUUACAGAAAUCCCUCGAGCAAUUGUUGCAGAAUGCUAGGAUCUCACACUUGGGGCUCAUGCGAUUUUUGGGGUACUCCAUCGACCAGUCCAAUGCUCGCUAUGCAUUCUUAUACCAGAUGCCUGUGGACUACUUCCCCUUCUUACAAAAUCCCAGUGAUCUCUUGAAAGAAUUGAAGCCCAAACCAUUGGUGGCCCUUCUUCCGUCAGCAGACGAGCACCGGGAGAACCGAGUACCAAACCUUGAUACCCGUUUCCGUCUGGCCUAUGACCUUUUGAUGUCCGCGCUUCAUUUACGAAGCCAAAAUGCUGUCCACGGAAACAUCAACAGCAGUAAUGUCAUCUUCUUCCCGGGUCGAAGUGAUGCGAGUGACGACGAAAGCGGCCUUGCGCCGGAUCUUCGUCGGCCUUAUCUUACUUCCCCCGCGAGGUUCUCUGGAGAUGGACCGACACCGGAGCCACUGUCUUCUGCGAUGUAUCGGCACCCAGAGGAUAAGAGGUCUGUUGAAGACGAUGGCGCAUGGGCUUAUGACCUCUACUCCAUCGGUCUUAUUCUACUCGAAAUUGGACUUUGGGCACCGGUCGGACGGCUUUGGAAGAUGAAAUACGACCGCACAUGGUUCAAGCAUCGCGUAGAAGACCUCUACGUCAAGAAGCUUGGUCCAAAGUGCGGCGGUGCUUAUCUCCAAGCUGUCCAGCUAUGCCUCGACGCCCCCAACUUCCACCUCUCCACCCAGCCCAUGACAGAUCUCGGCCUUCGUGUGCCACAGAUUUACCACUACCCAGUGCUUGACCUUUCGGAUCCCGAUGGUACAUUUUCCUUCUCUAUGAACUUCAUGUACACCAUCUGUAAGAUUCUCUGGUCGUGUUGCCGCAUUGAUAUCUUCUCGGCGCCCUCGGCAGAGGAAUUGGACGAUUGUCUCCCAUUAGCACUCGUUCCUACACCUGAACCAGUGACCAUCCAGGACAAGGUCAACGCGUACAAAUCAUCAAAGCGCGAGAUGGCCUCCAACCUUGACAAGCAACUCCCCAGCGUUCCCACCACCGAUUGGGGUGUUGUCAAUGAACCCAAAUCAUACGAACCCCCACAAAAGAAACGAACUGUCAAGAGACUUCCGCAUUUGGAGAUUCCGGACGAACAUCUCCAAGAGUGGAAUUUCCAUAUGAUGCCUCGACUGAGUCGUCUCCUUCAGAAGAUCCUGAAGGAAUCAUCCGAGUCUUGUGGAGUCAAUCUCAUCAUGACCGGAGAAUCGACCGAGAGUGCCAGAACAACUAUUUGCAUAACUUGUGGAAGUGUGAAGAAGGUUAGAAUGGCACUCAAGAAGCAUUUUGCUCUCGGUCGGGAUGAUUGGGACCUGAUAGUCCUGCGUGGUGAUAUUGAGCGGUCCAAGGUUCCUCGCAGACGUCGAAGGCCGGCCAAAGCUCGACCCAAUGUCUCGAAUGAGACGCCAUUUCGCCAACGAGAGCUAAAUCCUUGUCACCAGCAGCGGCCUCUUUGUGGAGCGUCCAUUGGUGCCUUUCAGAAUGAAGAGCACCUGCCUCCUGUCUCUUAUGGUGGUGCGAUCUUUGUUGAUGGAAUGCCAUAUGGUCUCACUGUGCACCAUAUGCUGGAAGCUCCCAGUGAAGAUGAAGGUCAGGAGAGUUCCCUCGCGGACCCAAGUCAAGAUGCCCCUUCCAGGUCGGCGGGGAAUUGGCACGGAGACACCCCACAAUAUUCAAACCCCGAGUUUAUGUACACUCAUUCGGAACACGAGACACCAGAAUCAGGCCUUGAAUUUGAGUUGUCUGACCUGGAAGACGGAGAUGAUGGGUCAUUAUCUCAAGGGCUUGAGUCCGGUUACGACGAAUAUUGGCUCUCGGACGAUGACGAGUCAGAUGACGAGUCCCUAGGCCCUGACGACGAUGACGACGAUGCCGCAUCAAUUGGUGAUACGGCUGGCGUUGAACCAGGCGAAGAGCCUCGUCUCCUUGUCACCCAACCUGCUAUUGACGACGUUCACGAUGAUUUUUUUCCAUCACCAGAAGACCGCGAUGAUGAGCACUUGGCCUCACACUCCCUUGGUUACGUCCAUGCGUCUUCCGGCGUCAGGCGCUGGACGCGAAAAGGUCUUAAACACGAGAUUGACUGGGCGCUCAUAAAAGUGGACGAGGCCCGCAUGGAUCCUCGCAACAUUAUUCUCGACACGACCAGGUCCAGCAUCGCUCGUCCUGGUCGCCCAGUUCCACCCCAGCCCAUUUUCCUGAAUCAAGUGGCUCAGAUGGAGGAGCUCGGCGGCUUGCAGGUUCAUUGCUGCGGCCGAACGAGUGGACUACAAACCGGGCAGAUCUCCAAGGCGAUGACCUUGGUCAAACUGCAUGGACGACAUUCAUUCUCGACCAGUUUUUGCGUCCAUGGAAACUUCGGAGCCCCCGGCGACUCUGGCGCAUGGGUCUUCGACCGCCCAACCGGUCGCGUCUGCGGCCAUGUCCUUGCCUGGUCCGCAAAAAGCAACACUACCUACAUCUCGCCGAUGGAGGUGACCUUCGAUGACAUUGCUCGCACCCUCAAUGCCUCCCGCGUCUCCCUCCCCGGCGACCCUACCACUGCCCUCGGCUACACCCACCCUUCCUCGCCUGCUGGCCCUUACCGUUACCAGCCUCAACGACUCCCGGGAGACUUUGGUCAUAUGGCGCUUGGAGGCUCCCCGGGCCCGCCCUUACCACCUCACCCCCAUCAUUACCCACACCCCCACGCGCGCCCGGACUAUGGCCGUCCUCCACCCCCUCCACCCCCUCCAGGCUCAUAUCGCGGCCCGGUGCCUCCCAUCCCACCGUCCCUUUUGACCGGCCCACGGAAUAUCGAGCGUCAGCUUGCUUGA